CUUGUUGGACAGGGUCAGCUGGACAUGGAGGGGGCCCUGACUGCCAGGGAUCGGGUCGGGAUCCAGGACUUUGUGCUUCUUGAUGAAACCACAGAGGAAGCUUUCCUUAGCAACCUUAAAAAGCGCUUUAGCAAAGAUCUCAUUUAUACGUAUAUCGGCACUUUAGUGGUGUCAGUUAAUCCUUACAAAGAGUUGGACAUUUACAAUAAGAAACAAAUGGAUAUCUACAUGGGUGUCAACUUUUUUGAGCUUCCACCACACAUCUAUGCCUUGGCUGACAACGCCUACCACACAAUGCUGACAGAAUAUAACAAUCACUUCAUCCUCAUCUCUGGAGAAAGUGGAGCAGGGAAGACAGAGGCUUCCAAGAAGAUUCUGCAGUAUUAUGCUGUCAGCUGUCCAAGCACCACUCUGCUUAACACAGUCAGGGACAAAAUGCUCAAGUCCAACCCUGUCCUAGAGGCUUUCGGUAAUGCCAAAACACUGAAAAAUGAUAACUCAAGUCGGUUUGGGAAAUAUAUGGAUAUUCAGUUUGACAACCAGGGGGAUGCUGUUGGAGGCCAUAUCCUGAAUUACCUUCUGGAGAAGUCAAGGGUUGUGCAUCAGAAUCAUGGGGAGAGAAAUUUUCACAUCUUCUACCAACUUGUGGAGGGAGGAGAGGACAACCUGUUGCACCAGCUGGGCCUGGAGAGGGACUGCCAGCAUUACAACUACCUAACACAAGGAGAGUGUGCCAUUGUUUCUUCUAUUAAUGACAAAAAUGACUGGAAGACCGUCAAAAAUGCAAUGCAAGUUAUCAACAUCGAUGAGACUCACACUAAUCACUUGUUUGAAAUCGUGGCAAGUGUUCUUCAUCUGGGGAACAUUAACUUUAACACUGACAGUAAAGGCCAUGCCAUUCUGAACAGCAAUGAGGAGCUGCACUGGGUCUCAAAGCUACUGGGAAUUGAUGGUGUUGGUCUUCAAGAGGGAUUAACAUAUAGGAAGAUUGAAGCCAAAAAGGAUCUGGUCCUUAGCCCCUACACAACUGAUCAUGCCAUUUAUGCCAGAGACGCAUUGGCCAAAGCCAUCUAUGGACAAACUUUCACAUGGCUGGUCAACAGGAUCAACGAGUCCAUAGAAAACACGGACUCUUCAAGAAAGACAGUAAUAGGCCUUUUGGACAUAUAUGGAUUUGAAGUUUUCUAUGUGAACAGUUUUGAGCAGUUCUGUAUAAACUACUGCAAUGAGAAGCUGCAGCAGCUUUUUAUCCAGUUGACGCUUAAGGCUGAGCAGGAAGAAUAUGAAGCUGAGGAUAUUGAGUGGGAACCAGUACAAUUCUUCAACAACAAGAUCAUAUGUGACCUUGUUGAGGAAAGACACAGAGGAAUCAUAUCAAUACUGGAUGAAGAGUGUCUCAGGCCAGGAGAUGCCACAGAUCUUACUUUCCUAGAGAGACUUGAAGACAAGAUGGGAAAUCACCCUCAUUUUGUCACGCACAAACUGGCUGACAAAAUGACACGUAAGACUCUGGAGAGGGGAGAUUUCCGUCUCUUACAUUAUGCUGGGGAGGUCACCUACUGUGUUGUGGGUUUCCUGGACAAAAAUAAUGACCUUUUGUAUAGAAACAUAAAAGAUCUAUUAUGUCAGUCUAAAAAUGCCAUAGUCAAAGAGUGCUUUGCCUCUGUGGACCUAGAUAGCAGACGGAGACCAACCACAGUGGCGACCCAAUUUAAGAGCAGCCUGCUGAAGCUGACAGAGAUCCUCAUGGCUAAAGAGGCCUGGUACAUACGCUGUCUCAAGUCCAACGAGACUAAGCAGUCAGGACAAUUUGAUGAAGCACUGAUCAGACACCAAGUGAAGUAUCUGGGUCUAAUGGAACACCUCAGAGUCAGACGUGCUGGUUUUGCUUAUAGACGCAAAUAUGAGGUGUUUUUGCAAAGAUACAAACCUCUGUGCCCAGCCACCUGGCCACACUGGAGAGGAGUGCCUGCUGAUGGAGUGGAAGUACUAGCUCAACAUCUGGGCUACUUGCCAGAUGAAUACAAAAUGGGGAGAACCAAAAUAUUCAUCCGUCAUCCGAGGACACUCUAUGCCACAGAGGACGCUUUUGAGAGAUGUAAACAUGAGCUGGCCACAAGACUCCAGGCCAAAUACAAAGGAUAUAAAGCAAAGGGAGAAUUCAGAAAGCAGAAAGAAGCUGCCACUAAAAUUGAAACUUGUUGGCGAGGGGUUCAGGCUAGGAAGGAGCGAGAGAAGAGAGCCUGGGCUGUAAAAGUCAUCAAGCAAUUUAUCAAAGGGUACAUGACCAGAGGGCAAGCAAAAACCACAGACAACUCAGAGUACCUGGCUUUUGUGAGACAAAAUUACCUGAAUAGGCUUAAAGGCAAUCUGCCAAAAACAGUUUUAGAUAAAACCACCUGGGUCCCCCCACCACCUGUGAUGACAGAGUCAUCAGAGAUGUUGCGGAAGCUCCACUACCGUCUCAUGGUUCGGAAAUAUGUGAGAGGAAUCACACCCCAGAGAAAAGCACAGCUUCAACUGAAACUUCUUGCAAGCAACAUUUUCAAGGGCAAAAAGGAAAGUUAUCCUCAGAGUGUUGCUCAACCCUUUGUGGACACUAGAAUCAGUGAACAAGAUAUAAACGUCAGAGUCAUUCAGAUGAUUCGCAAUGAGCACAUUAAGUACAGCACCCCGGUGACCAAAUACGACAGGAAUGGAUUUAAACCGAGGCCACGGCAGCUCAUCCUUACCCAGACUGCUGCCUAUGUGGUCGAGGAUGCCAAGAUCAAACAGAGAGUCCUGUACACCUCCCUUAAAGGUAUUUCAGUCAGCAACUUGACUGAUGGUAUCAUUGUAUUCCACAUAACAUGUGAGGACCCUAAACAGAAGGGGGAUCUAGUAAUGCAAUGUGACCACUUGUUUGAGUUUUUGACCAAACUCAGUGUCAUUGCAAACAAACAGAAUGCAAUCAAAGUGGUUCAGGGCAGCAUCAAGAUUGAAAUCCAAGCAGGGAAAGAGAGUGCGGUGGAUUUCACUACAGGGCAGGAGCCCAUGGCAUAUAAGGCCAAGAAUGGACACCUCAUGGUGGUUGCUACUCGGGCCAGAACACGGUAACAUGUGGGGGUUGAAGAGACACACAAGACAUCCCUGCAUAUUUCAUCAGACGACCCCUAAGUGGCGGAUCAGCAUGUCUGCAGGACACACACCAGGAACAGCAGCACUUUAGAAACUCACAAUGAGGUUAUAUAAUUUUACAAUACACAUAAUCUAUAUGUAUAAAACAAAUUUCAAAAAGUAUUUUUCUAAUUACUAAAAUUUAAAUUAGGAAGUCAAGUUUGAACAUAAUUCUACAUUAGGGCAGUGUCUAUCUGUGCUGUUUCCUGCAGUAUUAUGAAGCAAUGACUGGUAUUUGAGGGUCACAUCACCAAACUAUAGAUAAUUCCAGUACCGCUCAUCAUUACUUUAACUGCUUUGAAGAGUCUAUUUAUUCUGAUUUCUGAACAAUGAAGCCAUAUAUUUCAUAAU